CUGCAGUAAUGGUACUCGGUAUUUUCAAUACAACUUUAACCCCCUUCGGGACAACAGAGCCCCCUUUUUAAGUCCAAUAAUGACGCAUGCAUGAAUGGGCAGAUUACAAGUCAUCCGACUCCAGUCUCCGGUCCGGCUUCUACCUUAUCAGUCCAUAGUAUUCACUCAUAGCAAGCCUUCUUCAUCAUCACAUCAAAACCUGAAGGACAAGUCCACACUGACUAAAACUAUUUUGUCGUACAUUCAGUGCCUCUUCCAUCCGAUCAUCCCAUCGCAAAAUGCAGCUAAUCUCGGCGGCUAUCUUCAGUCUUGUGCCGCUAACUCUGGCUAAUUCGGUUCUGGUCUCUUUCCCUGCAGGGACUCCAGAUUCGGUGCUCCAGCAGGCCAAAGAAUCCGUUCUGAACGCUGGUGGCCAAAUCACACAUGAGUUUACUCUGAUCAAAGGUUUUUCGGCCGACUGUCCGGAAGAAGCUCUCCAGCAGAUAUCGACCCAGUCCGCAGCUUACAAACCCACAAUCGAACAAGACCAAAUCGUUUCGAUCCAGUGAAAUGAAUCGGCGCUGUCCUAAUUGGAAGAGGUCUGAGAUUGUUCGUUGUCACUUGGCUUACCUCCUGCUGGUCUCGGGAGGUUGAGUUGUCCAAGGUCAGCAAUUCACACAAAGGCUACUUCUUGAAUACAAUAAUGUUAUGAUAAUGAUGGCUACGAGGGAUUUGGGGGCGGCGGGGCGCCGGAAUAUAGUUUGAAUGUGUCUUUAGGUCUUUGCGUUUAGUAUAAUAAGAAGUUAUCUUGGGA